CGCCCACACAUGCGCGACGCGCGUCCCACGCAGCCAUCACCGGCUCACCGCCGCCGUCGCCUCGUCGCCGCCGGCCCGGCCGCCGCCUCCCCUCGAGCUCGUCGUCUCGAGGAGCGCUCGGGUUCCGGUCGCCUCCUCGUAGGGAGGAGGAGGAUCGGAGGAGGAGGGGUUUCACGCCAUGGUGCAGCACCAGUAUGUCCCGCGCAAGCGGCGGGCCGAGCGCUCGUUGGCGCCGGCGGCGCCGGCGGCGAUCUUCAACGUGGAGGCGGAGGAGGGCAGGGCCGGCGAUGUCCCCUUGCACAAGCGCGUCAAGGAGGAGCUGCAGCUGCAGCCGCCGCCGCCGUCACUGCAGGACAUGCACAUCCUCGAUGGAAGUAGCCCAUUAGGGUUGAGAUUAAGAAAAAGUCCAUCUCUUUUGGAGCUGAUUCAAAUGAAGCUGGCAAUGGAAAAUACAAAAAAGGAAGACAUAAAAUCUAGGUCUCUUAUUGCUAGUGAACGAGUGAAAGCUUCCAACUUUGCUGCAGAUUUUUUGAAAAUUGGCACUUGGGAGUGCACGUCACAGUAUGAAGGUGAUUUGGUGGCAAAAUGCUACUUUGCUAAGCAUAAGCUUGUCUGGGAAGUUCUGGAUGCUGGUCUCAAGAGAAAGAUAGAAAUUCAGUGGUCAGAUAUUAUUGCUUUGAAGGCAACUUGCCCUGAGAAUGGAAUUGGAACCCUGGAUCUUGUGUUGGCCCGACCACCAACUUUCUUCAAAGAGACUGAUCCUCAACCAAGAAAACAUACACUGUGGCAAGUUGCAUCAGAUUUCACUGGUGGGCAAGCAAGCAUAAAAAGGAGGCAUAUUCUACAGUGUCAAUCAAGUUUAUUAAGCAAGAACUUUGAAAAGCUUAUUCAGUGUGAUCAGCGACUAAAUUAUUUAAGCCUCCAACCAUAUAUGAUAGACUCUCCUGUUUUCAGACCUAAAACGGAAGGCUCUAUAUUCGAAAAUCCAAAUAAAUCAAAGAGCUAUCAUGGUUUUAGUUACUUGGAAGGUGAACAUGAAUCCCACUUAUCCAAGUAUAUUGAUCAUGUAUCACCAUGUGAUUUUCCUUUAAUGUCUAAAAAGGAUGGAAUGAAGGACGAUAUUGCGAACCAACAACAGUCAUUUUCUCGACCAAUCAAUUGGGGAGCCAGUGAUGUAGAUUUGCAAGUUGAUGUAUCUCAAGAACUAAAGAGCCCUCACCCCAACUCAUUGAGUCAAGCUAGAUCCUUGUCCAUAGAUGACUUGUUAAGCCAUCUAGAUGAUUGCAUAGUUGAGCAAAAGCCUGCAGGGAAUAACCCUUCAUUGCCCAUUAGUGAGGCAUCAUCCAAUGAAUUGUUGGAGAAGAUUACCCAGCAGCUUUUGAGCGACUCACAUGUUGCACCAGCCUCAGAUGAGAAACGGGUGAUGGCAAGGGUUGGUUCUCUUCUUUCUCUGCUUCAGAAAGACGCAGUGCCAGCCAAUUUACCCAAGUUUGAGCCCAAUGACAGCGGCAAGAUUGGUGUAGUUGAAGUGGGAAUCAGCUCAGCACUUGAUAUGGGAAUCGCAAAUGGCACAAACCCUCCUGGCAUCUCAAGAAAGGAUUCCUACGAGGAGCUUUUGUCAAACUUGUUCAACAUAUCAGAGGAUUUCGAUGACUGAAGCAGGUUGGCUUUGCGGUUCUCAUUCCAAGAAUUAGAUAUAUGCUAUGCAAAACAUGUAAAUAUGAGUGAUAAGUUAGCUCCUUCAAAACAAAAAAUAUAUAUAUUUUAGCAUCUCCUUUGUAAACUUUUAAAUGAUUCAUUAGAUUGCGUUGCGUAUUCGUUAGUUCAUUGCUGAGUAAUUUUAUUUUGCAACAAUGAACUGCCAACUUGUUCACAUUCAUCAUUUCAAAAGGGCAUGCAUUUAUGUGAUA